GGCGAAGACGAGGUGAAGAGGUGGGCUCGCGACGAUGGGUGUGACCUAAUGGUAGCAAGGAGUAUAUAAGCCGAGCGACUCGACGCGCACCGCGAACAACCGACUUGAAGUGAACCAGAACGGCAGACACCAUGGGUCGCCUCAUUAUAGUAUCGUUUGUGCUCUGCGCUCUGAGCUCAACCAGGCUGAUACACGCGCAGUACCAGCAGCCUUACCAAACCACGACUCCCGUACCCAUACUCAAGCAGAUUGACAGGCACAACGAGGACGGCAGCUACAGCUACGGAUACGAAGCGGCCGAUGGUUCAUUUAAAAUAGAAUCGAAGUACCCCACAGGCGAAGUGUACGGGAAAUACGGGUUCGUCGACGACACCGGAAAGGUUCGCGAGGUCGAAUACGGCGCCUCUAGACGCGGUUUUGAGCCCGCUGGAACCGACAUCAACGUUCCGCCCUCCACCUUCCAGGGUAACACCGUUAGCGGUCCCAACGACCCCGAGGACGACGGACAAUAUAGAGAGGAUCCAUCCGUAUAUUAUACCGACCCCAAGUACACCAACGGCGAAUACUACAGGCCGAUAGAAAAGAGGAGGAACUACGCGAAACAGCCGAGUUACCAAGCUUCAGAGGUCUACAAUCCAGCCCCACAAAGAUACGAUACACAGUCGAGGAAUCAGCCCGCUGACCAGCAGCAAUUCCAGACUCAGUAUCAGCAACAGGAUCAGUCACCGGACUAUCGGUACCAGGAACAAGGAUCAUUUCAGUACCUAAGUGAUCGAUUCUACAAUCAAAAACGUCGCAAUCGACAGAAUAUCGGUGCUAAUGAUAAUUAUUCAAAUGACUAUGUACAAAUGAAAUAAA